UACCCAGCCUGGUCCUCGGCACAUGGGUCAUAGGAAGUGGCCAGCUGAGGGACCCACGAAGUGGGUACAGGAGGUUAUUAUUCCUUCUCUCAUAUUCCAAGGAAUGAGGCCAUUGCUGCCAUUUAUUUAUUUAUUUGUUCCUUGUUUUUGUUUUUAAAUCUGUGAUGCGCCAUCAGGAAUCAUUUCCGCUUCUGCCCCCAGUGAGGCUCAGCACUGCUCCCCUCUCAGCCAAUGGAGAGCACCGAUUCUGCCAGGGGGCUGUGCUUUUUGGUCAGCCCUGCCCCCACCCACCCACCCUGCACACAAAAGCAGCAUAAUUGACUGUCUUAAAGGAAGCCGAGCCUCUGCCAGCUACGAGCUGGCGAGAGGAAAAUACCUCGGGAGGCACAAGCUGAGACAACGAUGACCCAAGACGCAGCCGCGGCCGAGCAAGGGGGAGUCGACCGCUAACUACAAGCCUUCCCUGCCCGCUGCCCCACCAUCCCUGGACAAAAAGCGCCCGUCUGCGCCCGCCGCGUUGCUCUGGGUGACCUUCCUUGGAUGCAGAGUUCGCCCUGAGCGCAUCUUCCUCGGAUGCUCUGAAGGCCCGGGGACCGAGGUCUGCAGGCUCCCGGGGCUCGUCUUUGUUUGCGCUCACCCGGGAGAGGCCGCGGAGGUAGCCGGUACUCGCACGGAGGAUUUACCCCUGCUUCAAGUCGGCACCUCUUCCCAGCUCUCAUGGGAACCACCGAAGCCACACUCCGGAUGGAGAACAUGGACGUGAAGGAAGAAUGGCAUGAUGAAGCUCUGCCCAGGCCACUCCCAGAAGAGACGGGGAUGGACUUGCUUGGCAGCCCCACAGAAGACACGUCCUCCCCUCCCAACACGCUGAACUUCAACGGGGCUCAUCGUAAGCGAAAGACGCUGGUGGCCCCUGAGAUCAACAUUUCCCUGGACCAGAGUGAGGGCUCCCUGCUGUCAGAUGACUUCCUGGACACCCCCGAUGACCUGGACAUCAACGUGGAUGACAUUGAGACCCCUGAUGAGACCGACUCACUGGAGUUCCUGGGGAAUGGCAAUGAGCUGGAGUGGGAAGAUGACACCCCCGUGGCUGCUGCCAAGAACAUGCCUGGGGACAGCGCGGAUCUGUUUGGGGACGGCUCAGCGGAGGACGGCAGCGCAGCCAACGGGCGUCUGUGGAGGACAGUGAUCAUUGGGGAACAGGAACACCGGAUCGAUCUACACAUGAUCCGGCCCUACAUGAGGGUGGUGACCCACGGAGGGUACUACGGAGAAGGUCUCAAUGCCAUUAUCGUCUUUGCUGCCUGCUUCCUCCCAGACAGCAGCUCCCCUGACUACCACUACAUCAUGGAGAACCUCUUCCUGUACGUCAUCAGCAGCCUGGAGCUCCUCGUGGCGGAAGAUUACAUGAUCGUGUACCUGAACGGCGCCACGCCCCGGCGGAGGAUGCCGGGCAUUGGCUGGCUGAAAAAGUGCUACCAGAUGAUCGACCGGAGACUUCGGAAAAACCUGAAGUCCUUAAUCAUCGUCCACCCAUCCUGGUUCAUCCGCACCGUUCUGGCCAUCUCCCGCCCUUUCAUCAGCGUCAAGUUCAUCAACAAGAUCCAGUAUGUGCACAGCUUGGAAGAUCUGGAGCAGCUCAUCCCCAUGGAGCAUGUGCAGAUCCCAGACUGCGUGCUACAGUACGAGGAGGAACGGCUGAAGGCCAGGAGAGAAAGCGUGAGGCCGCAGCCAGAGUACGUCCUGCCCAGGGCUGAAGAGAAGGCAGAGGCGGGGCAGGCAGAAGACAGGUCUGCUUUGGCCACAGAAGAUCAGGAAACGAGCAUGUCCUGAAGUAACGUGAGCACAGAGGAGAACACGAAAGAUCUCAGAUGCCAAGAAACCUCUGUCGGAUGCCCUGCGGCCCUGGAUCUCAUCCUCACCUCAUCCCAAGUCCCAGUCUCCAGUGGGGUGCCCAUCUCCCCCAUCCAUCUCUGAAACCCAACAUCCUUUCUAGCUGCUUGAAAACACUUAAAAAAAAAUGAUGCAGUAUUAAUGCAUCUGGAAAAGGACCCAAUUCUCCACCCUUCCACACUCAUGAGCUCAUGGCCAAGAAGAGCGAGAAGCAUCGAGCAUGGCCCAUGCGUCUUGGUGGCCUCAGAGACCCCAUUCCACUGCAUAGACUCCUGGUCAGGACCCUUCUCUUGCGUGUCACCUGGUCCAGGUUGGAGCCACAGAUGCCCACCGACUCCCUUGGCUGGGUCUGGAUUCUUCCUCGUGCCUUUCCUCCCAGAACAGUCCCUGCAGUCCUGGGCAUAGGGCCUGGAAGUUCAGCACCACCCCCAGCAGCAACAUGUCCUGGGGGAACUGCCUGACCUUGGAACUCACGGCUUUUCCUUUAAACCAGCCCCCUCGCCUCCUAUAACUCCCACCUCCUUGGGGAACAUCAGAGGCCUUGGCACCAGUGAGGGCCACUGAUAAUCAUCCUUGCCCUACACUUGCAACCACCCUCUCCCUCAGUCUAGAACAUUCUCCAGCCCCUUGAAGGCAGAGGCCAUGCCACAGGGCAAUCCAAACCAAUACCUCCUACCGAGAGAAUGAGCCUCCUCACUUCCCCAAUCCCUCCCCCUAGCAUGGAGUUGGGAUGUGCCCCCUUGGGUUCCCACCAGGAGCAGAAGCUGAGAAACCAGCUCUCAAGAUAAGCUCAUCACAGAAAUACUGACGGACGAGAAAGCAUAUACAGGGUACUGGACUUUUGAGUGUUAAAAAUGUCACUGGGAAAAAUAAAUCACAGUGGUCUGGAUGCUAUGGCCACCUGCAUUAAAAGGAGACAGAUUUCCUUAGGGAGGAAAGGAAAAAAAAGACUUUUCUAAUGUGCUCCAAAGACCAGUCAGGUGGGCUCUAGAGGGAGUGAGUUCCCCAUCUCUUGAGGCAUUCAAGAAAAGGAUGAGCAGUGCUUGCACAGAGUGGUCCCCUGCGGUCCCCUACAAACCUGAGAGUUUCUGUUUCCGUGAAAAUUGUGAGUGGUUCAGUUGUGUCCGAUUCUUUGCAACCCCAUUGACCCAUGGACUAUAAUCCACUAGGUUUCUCUGUCCAUGGGAUUCUCCAGGCAAGAAUACUGGAGUGGGUUGCCAUUUCCUUCUCCAGGGGAUUUUCCCGACUCCGGUAUCAAACCCGGCUCUCCUGCAUGGCAGGCAGAUUCUUUACCAUCUGAGUCACCAGGGAAGCCCUCUGUUUCCACAAAUUUGUGCAGAAGUCAAACAGGGGUGGUGUCUGGCCUCUGUGGCAGGCAUCAUCCAGGUUUGAUCGACCCCCUACCCCAAUCAUCUCCCAGUAGGAGAUUCUUGGCAUCAAGGGGGUGCCUCUAGGGUUACCCUGAUGACAGGAGGGAGCCAGUGGCACUCAGCACUGAGGCAAAGGGACAACAAGGCUUUCUGCAUGACAGGAAUUGUCCCACCAGUGGCUCCCAUCUUGGAAAAUGCAGGGCCUUGGGCCUCUGUCUUCUGGAACCCAGCACUGCUCCUGCAAGGCUGGGGCCUUUGGGUGUCUGGUGGGAUUUUUUAAUUUGUAUUUCUGCUCUGUUUCCUGAAUGUCAAAUAAAGGACAGGAUCCGUGUUCCCGGCUCCGAUGAGUUACCUGGAGCCCAAGGCAGGCUGCUCCCCUCCACUCCCACCCUCCCACCGAAAGCCCCCUCCAUCCUGGGUCUGCUCAUGCCCCACCUGUGCCCUGAGUGCCUCCUUUUAUAAAAGGUGCCUUGGCAUCUGCAGGGCUGGGUUGAACUCCAGAUUCAAGUGACUGGUUCUGCUCUGCUGAUGAGAUGGACACGUGGCCUGCAAGGCCCACAAAUCCACAGUAUAGUAUACACAGUAACUCCUAGCAACAGUGCUUCAGUGACAGUGAGAAAGGAGCCGGGGAUAGGAACUGAUGCAGUCCACCCAAUGUGACAGCUACUGAGAGCCUGCAGAGCCAAUGGGGCUUCCCAAGUGGUUAAGUGGUAAAGAAUCUGCCUUCCAACACAGGAGACGCAGGUUCGAUCCCUGGGUUGGGAAGAUCCCCUGGAGGAGGAAAUGGUAACCCACUCCAGUAUUCUUGCCUGGAGAAUCCCAUGGGCAGAGGAGCCUGGCAGGCUACAGUGUGUGGGAUCUCAAAGAGUCGAACACAACUGACAAUGUGUGCAAAAACGUGUGCAGAGGCCACAGAGGGACGAGAGAGGCAGACCAUCCCGCCCUCAAAGAUUCUGUGGCCUAAAACUUUCGGCCAAACAAGAAAUUUCAACACGGACCCCCACCCCGCCUCCCAGUUCACUGUGGCCCAACUGCCACCCCUCAGGACCACCAGCAGCGCAAACAACAGGCAAGUGGAAUCAAGGACCCCAACCCAGCCACGCAGACCCCUCCAGAGUAGAGAGAGAGCCCCCCAGGGAGGCGGUCUCCAGGCUGGCUACCUCUUCACAGGUGCAUGAGGUUCUGAGGCGCAGCUCCACCCAGAUGGGGCCACCACAUCCAGGUGGGAGCCUAGCCAUACCCUCUGAAAUGGGCUUUGUGGAAGAUUUCUAUUCACGGGGCAGUUUGGCGGAAACAGUGGACACUGAGCCCUCCUUGUGAAGGGACAUUGGGUUUUCCUCUGUGACACACGGGGUGCGCCCUAAGUCCACCCCCGACCCAAGGUCGUAGUUCACACGCCCAUGCUUCCGACAGCCAGCUUUGUGGUUUUUAAAACAAACAAUUCAUUAUGAUUACUGUUGUGAUGUAAAGACAUCAGUUCCACGGGCUUUGGGGGAUUUUUAUGGGAAAUAAAGCACCGGUGAGAAGGGA